UUUUAUCUUUGAUUAGUCAGUGAUUAAAUGCCUAUAUCAAGGCCUAUAAUCAUCCACCGGAACUGGAUGCGCUUAUCUGUUUACAAACAUUUCCUUUAAAAGGGAAGCAAUUCAAUUCCUGAUGGUGCUGACGCGUGACCUUUAGAAUCACGCCAUGAUUAGAAGACAAGGGCCUCAGUCACGCGCAUGCAGGGAGGAGCUGACAGAGAUAGCAAAUAAAAGGACGUCAAAAUCCCACCACAUUCAUCAAGCAGUUUUCAUUGAAUGCGCGAGAAGGAAAACACACUGGUAAAAGAUAAAGAGAAGAAGAGCCAUUCAGAUUAAAAAAAGCUGUUCCUUUUUCGAAUUUUCGAAAUCCUUCUAACGAUGAGUAUUAAACUCUAUGGGUUAUUAGAAGUUUUAUCGAUUUUGUCAUGGAUCUGGACAACUAAUGGAAUACCAAUGACUCAAAGAAGUUUAGCCGCGUGUGAAUUUGAUGAGGGAGAUGUUACAAUGCCCCCAAAUACGCCUUACCGGAGAGUUCGUCUGCUGGUGCGUGAGUUUAACCAGGGUACUAGCAACAUGUACACGUACGGAGCUAAGCUGGUGCACCAUUCCGUCAGGACGAUCAGUACUAACAGAACAGCGCAGUACCUUGUAGACGACGUGAGAGCCACGUUUGACGGCGAAAACAUAUGUGUGCUGGUAAAAAAGCUCACUAUUCUAGACCAGAGCGGCAAAAACGAGCGACGAAUCUACAGCUGUGAAAGAAAAUGCUUUAAAGUAGGCGAGAAAAUAACAAUAGAUACAAAACUCGAAGAGGGCGGAGUACUAAAGUGGAACAGUGUAAGAUUAUGCUGCGUUUGGACUACAAGAGUUUGGCUGGAAAUCUCCGUAGAAAAACCUAGCUUUAAGUGCGCGAUCUGCCAGGGCCUGACUUGCGACCAGCAAACCGAGGAGCUCAUUCACUGCCCCGCGGGGGAGGGGUGCGUUUCAAUCAGCUUCAAGGCUCGAGGGAACUCGUCCCAGGGCUCACUCCGUCUCAAAGGGUGUACGGAUCACAAGCUCCUGUAUGACCGAGGGUGCUGGGACGAGUGUAGAACAAUAGGGGUCGCCUACGAGAUGUGUAUUCAUUGUUGUUAUGGCGACGGAUGCAACAAGGAGAACUUUAAUAGGACCACAGGGAGCCCGUCACCCGCUCAAGAAACAUGGAAAGGGGCAAGAGGCGUAAGCGGAUCUGAGGGGGGAGGUGUUGGGGGUCUUGUACUUGUCAUGCUUAACAUAAUUGGCAUGUUGUUGAUGAGUUAGAGCGACCUGCGUGAAAAUGCUGAUCUGUUUUUGUUUGGAAUAUUCUAAUCUCUCACCGUUUUUAUUUAAAAAUAAAUCUCCUCGUAUUAUUUGUUCCCUAGAAUAGAGUCGUUUCAUUUGUUGGAUGGGUUGAAAUUCCAUGUAAUUUAACCGGAUUUAAUUCACUACUGAGAUGAUCACCCAUUUGCAUAGGGCUUCAUAACCUACGCGUCGCGCAAAUAGGAUCGAAAGGCUGUCACGCAAGGCUGUCACGCAAGGCUGUCACGCAAUAAUACCGGUAGUGUGCACUCGGGGUAUUAUCUACUAUCUAUCUAUUAUCUACUCUUCCCGUAAAUGGCAUUUAUGCACAGAACAUGCCAUUCGACAUCUCACUGGUGAAGCCAACUAGUCACGCAAUCAUAUUACACCAAAGACGCAAACUGUCACACAAUCAUAGCACACUCCAGAGACUCAAGCUAGUCACGUAAUCAUAGUACACCAGAUAUGCAAAUAGUCACGCAAUCAUAGUACACACCAGAGACUCAAGCUAGUCACGCAAUCAUAGUACACCAGAUAUGCAAGCUAGUCACGUAAUCAUAGUAAACACCAGAUAUGCAAGCUAGUCACGCAAUCAUAGUACACCAGAUAUGCAAGCUAGUCACGCAAUCGUAGUGCCCAGGAGACGCUAGUCACGCAAUCCUAGAGACUCUCAAGCAUGCGUCAUGAAACUCACAUAGCGCAGUGCGCUCGCACUGUAUUAUACUGACUAAGUACAUAUGUACAGGGUACAUUAGAUACUUGUAUUUUGGAUGUAUUAAUAUAUCUUGUAAAAGAUAUAGCAUAUAAAAUUCCAAUGUGAAUAUGUGAAUAUGUAAAUAAAUAUUUUUACUAUAAA